AUGUCCGGCUUCCAAAAUGCCGGCGUGACGAAAGGCAUAAUGGUCGUCCUAGGCAUCACGACAUUAACAAUCUCGCUCCUCGGCGCAAAGCCCUACGCGCACCUCCAACUAGUCCCCCAUAUCACCAAGUACCGGCAGUACUUCCGCGUUCCCCUACACCCCUUCGCAUUUGCCAACUCGACCGAGCUGCUGGUUGGCGAGCUUUUGCUCUACAACAUUGGGAGGGGGAUCGAGCGUUCCUUCGGCGCCAGGAAGUUUGCUUCCUUCGUCGUGGUCGCUACGGCUAUGAGUGCUGUGCUUUGUUGUGCUGCACUGGUGGUGCUUCAUCGGUUUGGGGUUAAUGUUGUUCCUGCGGGUCCUUAUGGGCUCAUCUUUGCGCUACUGUGGCAAUACACCCGCACCGUCCCGUCACUGUAUACCUUCAAAGUCUGCGGCAUUCCCUUCUCCUCCAAGACAUUCGUAUACAUCCUAGCGGCGCAACUAGCAUCCUCGUGGAUGCCAGGCUCGAUCCUCGCUGCCAUCGCAGGUCUUCUUACAGGAUACCUGUAUAGGACAGACACGCCCUUCCUUCUCCCCUCUCUCUCCCGUCCGCGUCGUCUCUGGCGACCACUCAAAGCCUACCGUAUCCCCGACUCGGUCUUCCGCCUCCUCGAACGCCUCUUCGCCCCCCUCGUUGGAUCCAGCACCGCCCCGAGACGCAGCGCAAGAGUCCUACCUGGACAAGUACGCGAUGGGCGCGAAGAGUUCGAAGGCGGUAUCCGGGGAUUACUGGCCGCUCGGGCAGGCCUUAAUAUCCCGGCCCGCGCGGUUCAGACCGGCACUCCACAGACGCCUGGCGGGCGCGGCGCACGUGCGGCCGUCGGCGAGUGGGUGACCGGCCAGGGCGGGGCUCGUGCCCCUACUGAAGCGGAGAUCAUUGCUAUCUCAAGCAUGUUCCCAAACUUGAGCCGCGAUGCUAUCGUGCAGGCCCUCCAGCGACAUGACUACAAUACUGCGCAGGCAGUAGAAGCACUGCUCGACCAGGGAGGGUAG